AUGAGUAAACGUUCAGUUUCCACACGGGUCUCAUGGCCAGGCCAGACCACUUCUCCGGAUUCUAAGGGCCACCUUUUUGAAGCAGCACUCCUGGCUUGGACUCUGGUGCGUAUCAUAUUCAUACGUAGUACACAUGCGUACCUUCCUCUCGCUGUCGCCGGCAAGCAAAAAGGUUUCUCGAUCGGUAUGGAGUUGGGCAACAAAGACGUCCAAAUCCAAAUGGCCAGCCAGCUGAGCGAGCAGUCGUCCAGAGAAGACCUCCCGUCGCUGCUCAUCCAGGUUCCGUCGCGGACUAUCGCCGGCUUCGACUGCGUCGGCCGGGACGCCGUCACCCCCGCCGCCCUGAACGAGCAGAACAGCAAGGACACUGUCAUUAGCAUCCAGGCGCCGGCGACCCCACCACUAGUUGCCCCUGUGCGCGCGUACGACGACACGCAGAUACCCUACUCCCUUUCCCUCAGCAUGCCGGCGUCGCCGUCGGGGCUCCACUUCUCGCAGUUCAGGGCGGCGUCCGUGCGCCGCAACGAGGCGCACGCGGCGGCGGCGCCCUCCGACACCAAGCAGGUGGAGGUGCAGUCACCGCGGCUGCUGCAGCAGACGCGGUUCCACUCGCAGCCGAUCCUCCAUGCGUCCCAGAUCAACGACGGGGCGCGCAGGGCCGAAGGCACGCGCGACAAGAGGUUCGAUCCGUUCAAGACCUUCUCCGGCCGGCUUGAGCGGCAGCUCUCCAACCUGCGCGGCCGGCCGCUGGACCCCAUGGACCUCGGCUCCCACCAUUCCAAGAUCUCCGAGGAGACCGACCAGGUUCCGGGCACCGACCGCUACUUCGACGCCCUGGAAGGCCCCGAGCUCGACACCCUCAGGGCCACGGAGGUGGCGGUGCUGCCGAACGACGAGCAGUGGCCGUUCCUGCUGCGGUUCCCGAUCAGCGCCUUCGGGAUGGUCCUGGGCGUGAGCAGCCAGGCGAUCCUGUGGAAGACGCUGGCGACGGCGCCGCCGACGGUGUUCCUGCACGUGAGCCUCGCGGUGGCCCACGCGCUGUGGUACAUCUCGCUGGCGCUGAUGGGCCUGGUGUCCUGCAUCUACCUGCUCAAGAUCGUCUUCUACUUCGAGGCGGUCCGGCGCGAGUUCCACCACCCUAUACGCGCCAACUUCUUCUUCGCGCCAUGGAUCGCCUGCCUCUUCCUGGUGCAGGGCGCCCCGCGGGAGCUGGCCCAGGUGCACCACGGCGUCUGGUACAUGCUCAUGGCGCCCAUCUUCUGCCUGGAGCUCAAGAUCUACGGCCAGUGGAUGUCCGGGGGCCAGCGCCGGCUCUCCAAGGUGGCCAACCCGUCCAACCACCUCUCCAUCGUCGGCAACUUUGUCGGCGCGCUGCUGGGGGCCAAAAUGGGCAUCCGCGAGGGCCCCAUCUUCUUCUUCGCCGUCGGGCUCGCGCACUACAUUGUCCUGUUCGUCACGCUCUACCAGCGGCUCCCCACCAACGUCACGCUCCCCAAGGAGCUCCACCCGGUCUUCUUCCUCUUCGUCGCCGCCCCCAGCGUCGCCUCCAUGGCCUGGGCCAAGAUCAACGGCGAGUUCGACAACGGCGCCCGGAUUGCCUAUUUCAUUGCGCUCUUCCUCUACAUGUCACUGGCGGUGCGGAUCAACUUCUUCAGAGGGUUCCGGUUCUCGCUGGCGUGGUGGGCGUACACGUUCCCGAUGACCGGCGCGUCGAUCGCGACCAUAACGUACGCGACGGAGGUGACCAACGUGCUUACGCGGACGCUGUCCAUCGGCCUCUCGGGCAUUGCCACCGUCACGGUCGCCGGCCUGCUGGUGACCACCAUGUUCCACGCCUUCGUGCUCAGGGACCUCUUCCCCAACGACGUCUCCAUCGCCAUCACCCGGAGGAAGCCCAAGUUCAGCAAGAUCCUCGCGCACUUCCGCUCCUCCAGCUCCGACAUGAAGGAGCUCGUGCUCUCCGUCUCCAAGUCGCCCAACGCCGACUCCGAUUCCUCGGUCACGGAGACCGAUCCGUCCGUCUCCAAAGGCAAAGCCGAGCCGUAG